AUGCUACUUGUUUUCUUCGAUGCGUUCACUAAAUGGAUUGAACUGAUCCCUCUACGCAAAGCAACCUCAGCGUCUCUAAUUCGAGCCUUCCGUGAACGAGGUAUUGGAGUAGAGCUCCAGUAUACAGCACCCUACUGCCCUCGCGAAAAUCCCACUGAAAGGGCGAACCGCACAAUCAAGACGAUGAUCUCGCAGUAUCUAGGCGACCAGCAAAACACAUGGGACACUCUCAGCCCCGAAAUCACUCUUGCAUUGAACUCUAGUGUCUCCGACUCGACGGGAUACAGCCCGGCAUUCCUGCUACAAGGCAGAGAGCCGCGGUUACCCAAAACUUGGUACGAACAAGUCACCCCGGGAACGGGAACUGCACCACAGACGCCCACACAGAGAGCCGACCACUUACGAGAGAUCUACAGCAUCGUCCAGGGGAACAUACAGAGAGCAAGCAAAGAUCAGGGUCGCCAGUACAAUCUCCGCCGCAGGGAAUGGCGUCCGGUCCUAGGAUCCUUUGUUUUGGUGCGACAACACCACCUUUCAAAGGCUUCCGAAGGAUUCGCGGCGAAGUUAGCGCCGAAGUUUGAUGGACCAUAUAAAGUUGUGGCCUUCACCUCUCCCAAUAUCGUAUCAGCGAAUCCGAAGAUGACAACCACGAAGACGCAAGCGGCCCGUGCCUACCUAUUCCAGCCGAAGAAGAUGAGGCGACGACGCCAAGUAUCAACGGGGGGUGAUUAUAAGCAUAAACCAACAAACUAUUGUUAG